AUGACAAGCUCUAUAGCACCUAGACCUACCCCGACGGUCUAUUCAACCGGCCAGACACCCGAAGAUAUCGCAGGCCUAGUAGACCUCGCCGUUCUAUCCGGUGCACCUCUCAAUAAAUUGGCCCUCCCGCCAGUUCUAAGCGACCCAAAUUAUAUACCGUCAAGGUAUAACCAAGACUUACUCAAUGGCUUUGCGGCAGCGACUGCCAUCAUUGCAACAGCAAUGGUUUCAAUUAGAAUGUGUAUUCGGACGAAGCAAUGUCGAGGAAGGUAUAGCAUGGAUGAUUAUUGUUUGGCUAUUGGGUAUCUUAUGAUGGUCGCACAGUGGACGAUAGUCUUUGUGGGGGUCAAUAGAUUUCAGUGGGGUUAUCAUACCUACGAUAUGAAACUCUACUCGCUCAUCAUAGAUUAUAAAUUCCUUUAUGUCUACGAAAUGCUAUUCACUAGUACCCUCGUCAUGGUUCGACUAUCACUAUUGUUUUUCUUGGGAAGGUUGUUCAGAGAAGCUUCAAGGUCAUUUGUCUACCUGAAUAAUACAUUAAUAGUGUGUAAUGUGGUAUUUGGUAUCGCGUCGGUAUUUGCAUAUACAUUCCAAUGUCGCGAUGUUAGGGCCGCUUGGGAUAUUUAUGUGAAAUUCAAGACGGGCUGUAAGCCGUUGUAUAUUUAUUACGUUAUUAGUGCAUUUCAGUUGGCAUUGGACUUCGCGUCGGUGCUGGUGCCAGUUAAGUUGGUGAGGGCUUUAAAUGGGUUAACGUUUAAGAAAAAAGUGGAGGUUUUGGCGAUGUUCUCGUUGGGGUUGAGUGCUUGUGUAAUUUCCGUUGCUAGAUGUGUCUACUUGGGACCGAUUGUGGAGCAGCUGGAUCAGUCUAAUGCAUCUGUCAAUCUCACAAUAUGUUGCCUCCUCGAGGGAACGGUAGCAAUUGUAGCGGCCUGCGUCCCCGCCGCACGACAGUUCUUUGGGGGUUUAUCAAACGAACCCAAAGUCGUACGAAUGACCGGAAAAGUAGUUUCAUCUUUGCGAUCGAUGACCACCUCGGUGUCUUCAGCUUCUAAACGGUCUUCUGUUAUGAUUAGUGGGGGUAGUCAAGUUAGAUCUCAAACUGGGAGAGGAGGGGGGUUUGGAGAGAGGGAUAGUCGGUUAUUGCAAGAACAUUAUGGCCGUAUACUGGGGGCGGAGGAGGAGAUGGAGAUGGAGGGGAACCGGGGGGAAUGGAGGGGGGCAUUGAAUAAGGAGAUAGAUGUUGAAGCUGCUGCAGGUAGAGCAGGCAGUGGGUCUGAGAAAAAUGACGAAAGAAUGGAAUGGAAGACGCAUAAACCUUGGGGCCGACAUUUAUCAAUAUCCCGGUUGAAGUUUAACCACCAAACCUCGCGAUUUAGCCCGACAUCUAGCCCCUCUAGUCCUGAUAUGGAGUUUGGAGCUUGCACGUUAGGAGCGACUUCUCUGCCACCCAGGUCGAUGCCUAUGGUAAAGAUCCAAGAGAGCCGACCGGGCCUACCGAUGAGCACUCCAAGCUUCGAGAGCGGUGGGAGCGGAGUUAAUUCCUCGACAAACUCCUUGGACCUGAGCCAUUGGGAUACCUUAGAUGGAGAUAAUGAGCAUCAUCCGGCAGCGCUAACACCGAGGCCCAGUAGUAGUGGGAGGGUGGGACAGGUGGAUUGGAGGGAGAGUGUGCGGGUUGAUUGA